AUCCCAUCUUUCUUCUUCUUCUUCUUCUUCUUCACCUUACUCUGGCUGUUUCGAAGUUGAAAAUUUUCUGCAAUUUCCUCGCCAUUGGUUUCUUUUUGGAGAGCUCUAACAUCAUGAAACAUUCAGUAAAUCGACCACCGACCCCAGAUGCUGCAGAUGAUCGAGGGAAAGAACCCACCCUUCAAGAAAUUAUUAACAUCAAGUUAAUUGAGAGUGGGGAAAAAGAGAGGUUGAUGGAGCUGUUAAGAGAAAGGCUUAUGGAAUGUGGAUGGAAGGAUGAGAUGAAAGCCCUUUGCAGGGCAUAUAUUAAGAAGAAAGGAAGAAAUAAUGUCACUGUGGAUGACCUUGUGCAUCUAAUCACACCCAAAGGCAGAGCUUCUAUUCCUGACUCUGUAAAGGCUGAGCUAUUGCAAAGAAUUCGCUCUUUUCUCGUGUCCGCCACUCUUUGACCAUCAGCAUGCUUUGUUCAUGUCAAAGAAGUGGGAAUGUUAUAGAGCUGUCACUAGAUGGACUUCGAUGGAAGCCUUGUUAGAGGUUUGGCUUGGUCAAUAGGUCUUGGUGAAUGGUUUAAGUCAGAUGUUAUUUACUUGAAAUGACAGAAUACCAUUAAACGGAUGGAAUGUUUAGGGUUUUGCAGCAAGUUGGAUGGAAUAUCAUGUAUUCAUUCUUGAUGCCAAGGGAUCGGCAAGUUAUAGAUGUUUCCAUUUGUCUGCUAUGGUUUCUAUUCCCUGUUACUGUCAGCUGCUACUUUUAAAUGAAACCUUACGGCAAAGAAACUGUGCAUUAGAUUAACAUUGUUGAUUACUUAAGUGCUGUGAUUGAAGCUAAGUUUAUUAUUCUUC